UUCAGCCCCGAAGCUGACAUCUUCGAUACCCCCUCCGCGUUCGUAGUGCAUGUGUCGCUGCCUGGUGCGAAGAAGGAGGAUGUCGGUGUGAACUGGGACCACGAGAAGUCGGAGCUUUCGAUCGCUGGUGUGAUCUACCGUCCUGGCGACGAGGAUUUCCUCAAGACGCUGGCGAUGGACGAGCGCAAGGUCGGUCCCUUCGAGCGGAAGGUGAGGCUGGGCACGCGGGCCAACCCUGCCGCUAUCGACGCGGACGGCAUUACUGCCAAGCUGGAGGAUGGCGUGUUGAGAGUCGAGGUGCCGAAGAUGGGAGACAGCGACUUUGUGCAGGUGCGCAAGGUGGACAUAGAGUAG